UCGCAUAAUUAUUUCAACAAACUUGAAUUGCCAUGGUUCAUAAAUGAGUUUUACUUUUUUUUCAUAUCGCUUGAUGUAUUUGUUGAAGGAUAAUAAUAUAGUGCAGGUGAUAAUUCAUGACAGAUGUACGAUUCUAAUCGAUUUCACCUGUCCGAAAUUUGAUUUACCACUUGAGACGAUUCCUUUUGUUCUCAUUUUCGUUCGAUAAAAAUGGUGGAUUUACCAACAUAUGUGGAAGGCUUCCACAACGUGGAUAGACUGAAGAAACUUCGUUACAACAAAUUUGGAAAAACAGACAUGGUAGUAAGCCACAUCGGGCUGGGAGGUUGCUCGGCUGGUGGAGAGUACGGCCCCGUGGACGAGGCUGUCAGCGUGCAAACCAUCGUCGAGGCCGUCAGAAACGGAGUCAAUUUCCUGGACACUUCCCCGGCUUAUGGUUGCGGCAGAGGGGAGGAAGUCUUUGCUAAGGCUCUGAAGCAGAUCCCUAGAAAGGCGUACUACAUUUGCACCAAAGUCGGUCGCUAUAAAACCACCUGGUAUGAAAAGUUCGACUUCUCAGCCGAGAAAACUUUGGAAAGCAUCGAUGAAAGUCUGCAACGACUUGGGAUUGAUUACGUGGACCUACUUUUGAUAAACGAUUUAGAAUUUGCAGUCGAUACUCAACAGAUUGUGAAGGAAACGCUUCCAGCUCUGAAUCAAAUUAUCAAACGAGGCAAAGCCAGAUACAUUGGAGUGAGCGGCUACCCGUUAUCAACCCUAAAGCGCGUGGUUGAGUUGACUAACGUACACGUGGAUGUGGUGUUGUCGCACUGCCGCUGCACUCUGCUUGACACAGAGCUGCUCAACUAUGUUCCUUUCUUCCAAAGCAAGGGAGUUGGGAUCAUCAAUUCGUCGGUGACGGCCAUGCGGCUGCUGUCGAGCUCUGGUCCGCCCCAGUGGCACCCAGCGUCCUCACAGCUCAGGAACAUCUGUUGUCAGGCCGCCAAGCUGUCUAAGAGUCGAGGAGUUGAAUUGGCAGGGCUGGCGGCACAGUUCAGCGUCAUGAGUCCUGGCGUUGACAUUCACAUCCUGGGCUGCGACAACAUCGAGAUUUUCGCAGAAAUUUUCGAGUUGGUGACCGAACCUCCCUCAGACGAGCGACAGAAACUCAUGCAGGAGGUGCAGGAUUUGUUGAAGACUGUGCGGGUUCGUAACUGGGAGGGAGGUGAGAUCAGCGACUACCUGAACGCUCUUGCGCUGUCCAGCAGGCCUUCCGAUGCGGUGCGACGGUACAGCGGCAACUUCCAAAUAGUGCAUGGCCAAAAAUCUGCAUAAUGCUCGCCAGAUUUAGUUGCAAGGGUAACAUUUUCAAGCCACUUGGCUGUUUUUUCAUUUUUCAAGCCCUAUUCACAUUUUCAAGCCACUUGGCUGUUUCGUAUUGCCACUUGGCAAUACGAAAUGCAGCCAUUGUGCUGGAAAUAAGUUGUUAUUUAUUGAAUUAACGUAUUGAUAGAAAGCUGCGUAGAUUUGUAACUAAUUUUUGUUAUAAAGAAAAGUAUUGUAAUGAGCUAGAUUUGAUACAAAUUUUGAUGACAAUAAGGUAACGGAAAUGUAAACGUUUUAGCUCGGUUAAAGUCAAACUUGGAUCAACGGUUUUUCCGGUGCCCUCCUUUGAACUCGAGACUGGGUAAAUGGGCGAAUAAGUUCCUAGGCUAUGUUAACUCGACAGUAUGAGAAAUGUUCUGCAAGAACUAAAUCUGAUAAUUUUAAGAGAUCCCUAAAAAAGUACUUCUAUAUGAAGUUGUAUUACCGUCGUCUAAUACUGCUAGUCAUACAGACUUUUGUGUCAUUUUACUUAGAAAUAUUUGCUCAAACAUGUCUACAAGCUUUAUAGAUAUCAUUUUCGUAUUUGUUAUUAAAAAUGAAAUUAUUUGU